AUUUGUGUUUAUGUUUCACUGCGUGGUGGAAAUAGCGAUAUAGCGUGGAAAAGCGAACUUUUUUCCUGUUCAUUGCGAUAGCUAAUAUUACUCGAAUUAUGGGAAAGAAACGUGGUUACUCCAAUAAGCAGAAUCCGUUCGCUAAGAAGAAACGGGAGUUAAAAGAGAAGGAUCAAUCAGAACCAGUACGAAGAGACAAGCCGUAUGAAGGUAUAAUACGCGAAAAUGCAAGUUUCGAAGUUUACUACAAACAUCAGAAUAUUUGCAUUGCGGAGCAAUGGGAUAAAUUCAUGGACCAGCUGCGCUCCAAUUUACCCACCACAUUCCGGAUAACUGGUUCGAAGAAUCAAGCACACGCCCUGCUGAAAAUUAUCAAGGAUCAGUUCUUUACCGAAUACUAUCGAGCAGCCGCUGAGUUGAAAGAAACUGGUGAGCAGAUACAGGAACCAAUAUGCUUAUCGUGGUACCCAAAUGAGUUCGCAUGGCAGCUAGAACUUUCAAGAAAAGAUAUUCGACGAUCGGAGCCUCUGUACAAAUUGCACAAUUUCCUAAUAGCCGAAACCAGUUCCGGUAACAUUAGCCGGCAAGAGGCUGUAUCGAUGAUCCCUCCUCUGGUGCUGGGAGUAGAACCACAUCACAAAGUUCUGGAUAUGUGCGCUGCGCCUGGCUCAAAAACUGCCCAACUGAUCGAGGCCCUGCACGCUGGUGGUGAGAACCUGCCGACAGGUUUUGUCCUGGCCAACGAUAUCGACAACAACCGUUGUUACAUGUUGGUCCAUCAAGCGAAACGGUUAAGUUCGCCGUGCUGUUUGGUAACAAACGCCGACAGUUCUCAGUUUCCCGAACUGAAGCUGAAGAACGCAGCGGGCGAACUGGAGACGCUCCGGUAUGAUCGGAUACUGUGUGACGUUCCCUGUUCGGGUGAUGGGACUCUGCGCAAGAAUGCGGACAUUUGGACAAAGUGGAACUUGGGACAAGCGAAUAAUCUUCACGGGUUACAGUAUCGUAUCGUGAAACGUGGUGCUGAGUUGUUGGAGGUAGGCGGGAAGUUAGUAUAUUCUACUUGCUCCCUGAAUCCCAUUGAAAACGAAGCAGUUUUACACCACCUGUUACUGGAGGCUGGAGAUUCUUUAGAGAUUGUCGAAGCGAGUCAUUUGUUGCCAUCGCUGAAGCACAAUCCGGGUUUAACCUAUUGGGAACCGGCCACUUCCAAGGAUUUGCGAUUCUUUAAAUCAUACGAAGAAGUGCCUGAAAUAUACCGUUCAACGCUACGUCCGUAUAUGUUCCCUCCUACUCCAGACGAGGUGGAGAAGUUCAAUCUAACGCGGUGCAUUCGAGUUUUACCCCAUCAGCAGAACACGGGAGGAUUUUUCAUCGCACUGCUUGAGAAGAAGAAGAAACUUCCUUGGGAAUCGGAUCAACAGAUAACGGCAGAGGCACCAGUUGAGCCGUCUAGUGUGCAAUCGGCAGAACAGCCGCCGAAAAAGAAACAGAAAUAUAACAGAGGUUUUAAGGAGGACCCAUUUGUGUUUUUCGAUGGAACUGAGGAAAUAUACGAGUCGAUAAAGAAAUUUUUCCAGCUUUCGGAUGAUUUCAAUCCAAUUAACCUGCUAACGCGCUGCCGAGAAGGUAAGAAGAAAAACGUCUACUUCUGCGCAGAUAUUCUGCGUAAUAUAGUCAGCACAAACGAGGAACGGAUUAAAUUCAUCAAUCUUGGGGUGAAGACGUUCGUUCGGUGUGACAAUCGGAACCGAUUGUGCGAUUUUCGGUUGGCCCAGGAAGGUCUCGGAAGUAUAAUCAGCUUCAUUGGGAAGGACAGACGACUGUCCAUCGGGAAGAACGACCUGAUCAAGCUGUUGUCCAAUAGUGACCCGACGAAACCACCGGUGCUAGAUGCGUUAAGCGAAACCAUUCAGAAGGAGGUUGAAAAUCUAGAACCAGGUAGCUGUGUGCUGCAGUACAAAGCGGAGGAUGGUUUGAAGAUGAACCUGGUCGGGUGGCGUGGUGCCAAAAGUCUGCGGGCGUACGUUGAUCAACACGACACGGUCCACAUGCUGCGGUUGUUGGGAGCGGACGUGUCCAAAUACGAGAAAAAUAAGUUUGAGGAACGAAAGGAAGCUGUCGUGGAUCAGCCAGCUUAACGAUUCCGUUCUAUACAUUUUGGAGAUCGCCCAACCUAUUUAAUGUUGAUGUUCUUUAUACAAUAUUAGUUUCUAGAUUCAAAAAAUAUUUUAAAAAUCA